AUGGAGUCGCUCCUGCUGCCGGUGCUGCUGCUGUUGGCUGUACUGUGGACACAGGCGGCCGCCCUCAUUAACCUCAAGUACUCGGUAGAAGAGGAGCAGCGCGCCGGGACGGUGAUCGCCAACGUGGCCAAGGACGCGCGCGAGGCGGGCUUUGCACUGGACCCACGGCAGGCCUCUGCCUUUCGUGUGGUGUCCAACUCCGCUCCGCACCUGGUGGACAUCAACCCCAGCUCGGGCCUGUUGGUCACCAAGCAGAAGAUCGACCGUGACUUGUUGUGCCGCCAGAGCCCCAAGUGCAUCAUCUCGCUUGAGGUCAUGUCCAGCUCAAUGGAGAUCUGCGUGAUUAAGGUGGAGAUCAAGGACCUGAAUGACAACGCGCCCAGCUUCCCGGCGGCACAGAUUGAGCUGGAGAUCUCAGAGGCGGCCAGCCCUGGGACGCGCAUCCCGCUGGACAGCGCCUAUGACCCGGACUCGGGCAGCUUCGGCGUGCAGACGUACGAGCUCACGCCUAACGAGCUAUUUGGCCUGGAGAUCAAGACGCGCGGCGACGGCUCGCGCUUCGCAGAACUCGUGGUGGAGAAGAGUCUGGACCGGGAGACGCAGUCGCACUACAGCUUUCGCAUCACUGCACUCGACGGCGGCGACCCGCCGCACCUGGGCACUGUUAGCCUCAGCAUCAAGGUGACCGACUCCAAUGACAACAACCCUGUGUUUGGCGAGUCCACCUAUUUAGUGACCGUGCCAGAGAACUCACCUCCCAACACGCCUGUCAUCCGUCUCAACGCCAGUGACCCAGACGAAGGCACCAAUGGCCAGGUGGUCUACUCCUUCUAUGGCUACGUCAACGACCGCACUCGAGAACUCUUCCAGAUCGACCCGCACAGCGGCCUGGUCACGGUCACUGGUGCCCUAGACUAUGAAGAGGGCCAUGUGUACGAACUGGAUGUGCAGGCCAAGGACCUGGGGCCCAACUCCAUCCCGGCACACUGCAAGGUCACCGUCAGCGUUCUGGACACCAAUGACAACCCGCCGGUCAUCAACCUGCUGUCGGUCAACAGCGAGCUGGUGGAGGUGAGCGAGAGCGCCCCACCGGGCUACGUGAUUGCACUGGUGCGGGUGUCUGAUCGAGACUCCGGCCUCAAUGGGCGCGUGCAGUGCCGUUUGCUGGGCAACGUGCCCUUUCGUCUGCAGGAGUAUGAAAGCUUCUCCACUAUCCUGGUGGACGGACGACUGGACCGCGAGCAGCACGACCAGUACAAUCUCACGAUCCAGGCGCGCGACAGCGGCGUGCCCAUGCUGCAGAGCUCCAAGUCCUUUACCGUGCGCAUCACCGACGAGAACGACAACCACCCGCACUUCUCCAAGCCCUACUACCAGGUCAUUGUGCAGGAGAACAACACUCCCGGUGCCUAUCUGCUCUCUGUGUCGGCCCGAGACCCCGACCUGGGUCUCAAUGGCAGUGUUUCCUACCAGAUCGUGCCGUCGCAGGUGCGGGACAUGCCUGUCUUCACCUAUGUCUCCAUCAACCCCAACUCGGGUGACAUCUAUGCGCUGCGAUCCUUCAACCACGAGCAGACCAAGGCAUUUGAAUUCAAGGUGCUGGCCAAGGACGGCGGCCUGCCCUCGCUGCAGAGCAACUCCACUGUUCGGGUCAUCAUCCUCGACGUCAAUGACAAUACCCCAGUCAUCACCGCCCCACCCCUGAUCAACGGCACCGCUGAAGUCUACAUACCCCGCAACUCGGGCAUAGGCUACCUGGUGACCGUUGUCAAAGCAGACGACUACGAUGAGGGCGAGAAUGGCCGGGUCACCUAUGACAUGACAGAGGGCGACCGCGGCUUCUUUGAAAUAGACCAGGUCAAUGGCGAGGUCAGAACCACUCGCACCUUCAGCGAGAGCUCCAAAGCUUCCUACGAGCUUAUUGUGGUGGCCCACGACCACGGCAAGACAUCUCUCUCCGCCUCUGCGCUCGUCCUAAUCUACCUAUCCCCUGCUCUCGACGCCCAAGAGUCGAUGGGUUCGGUGAACUUGUCCUUGAUUUUCAUUAUCGCCCUGGGCUCCAUUGCUGGCAUCCUCUUUGUCACUAUGAUCUUUGUGGCGAUCAAGUGCAAGAGAGACAACAAAGAAAUCCGGACCUACAACUGCAGUAAUUGUUUAACCAUCAUUUGUCUCCUCGGCUGUUUUAAAAAAGGACAAAACAGCAAGUGUCUGCAUUGCAUCUUGGUUUCUCCCAUUAGCAAGGAGCAAGACAAAAAGGCUGAGGAGAAAGUGAGCCUAAGGGGAAAGAGAAUCGCUGAGUACUCCUAUGGGCAUCAAAAGAAAUCAAGCAAGAAGAAAAAAAUCAAUAAGAAUGACAUCCGCCUGGUACCCCGGGAUGUGGAGGAGACAGACAAGAUGAACGUUGUCAGUUGCUCCUCCCUGACCUCGUCCCUCAACUAUUUCGACUACCACCAGCAGACCCUUCCUCUGGGCUGCCGCCGCUCUGAGAGCACUUUCUUGAAUGUGGAGAACCAGAAUACCCGCAAUACCAGCGCCAACCACAUCUACCAUCACUCUUUCAACAGCCAGGGCCCCCAGCAACCAGACCUGAUCAUCAACGGUGUGCCUCUGCCCGAGACUGAAAACUAUUCUUUUGACUCCAACUACGUGAACAGCCGAGCCCAUUUAAUCAAAAGCAGCUCCACCUUCAAGGACUUAGAGGGCAACAGCCUGAAGGAUAGCGGCCAUGAGGAGAGUGACCAGACCGACAGUGAGCAUGAUGUCCAGCGAAGCCUGUAUUGUGACACUGCUGUCAAUGAUGUGCUGAACACCAGCGUGACCUCCAUGGGAUCUCAGAUGCCUGACCAUGAUCAGAAUGAAGGAUUUCAUUGCAGGGAAGAAUGCCGGAUUCUUGGCCACUCUGACAGGUGCUGGAUGCCCCGGAACCCCAUGCCCACCCGCUCCAAGUCCCCUGAGCAUGUGAGGAACAUCAUUGCACUGUCCAUUGAAGCUACUGCUGCCGAUGUUGAAGCUUAUGAUGACUGCGGCCCCACCAAGCGGACUUUUGCAACCUUUGGAAAGGAUGUCAGCGACCACCCAGCUGAGGAGAGGCCCACCCUGAAAGGCAGGAGGACUGUUGAUGUGACCAUCUGCAGCCCCAAAGUCAACGGCGCUAUCCGGGAGGCAGGCAAUGGCUGUGAGGCUAUUAGCCCUGUCACCUCCCCUCUGCACCUCAAGAGCCCUCUGCCUACUAAGCCUUCUGUGUCUUACACCGUUGCCCUGGCGCCCCCGGCCCGCGAUCUAGAGCAGUAUGUCAACAAUGGCCCUUCUCGUCCCUCUGAAGCUGAACCCCGUGGAGCUGAUGGCGAGAAAGUCGUGCAUGAGGUCAGCCCUAUUCUGAAGGAAGGUCGAGACAAAGAGUCUCCUGGCGUGAAGCGUCUGAAGGAUAUCAUUCUCUAA